GGCGUGACCGGAAGCGGAAGUUAGCUGUUCCCCCCCCCCCCGAUGUCCAUGGAGCAGCGGAGCGGGGAUGGAGAGGCGGAUGUUGCGCUCGGUCCCCGGGCCACCGGCCUGGUUAACGCCGCCGGCAGGAACGGAAAGGCGGUUGUGUGCGAGCGGUGCGGCUCCCGUGUGCUGAGUCCCGGUACAGCUCGGUACCGGCGGAGAGAGCUCUUUCUUCCAUCAAUGAGGCAGAGAGUGGCAUUGGGGACUGAGGAAAGCUCAGUACAAGGGGACAUGCUACAAGAGCAUUGGUUCGUUGAUGACAUGUAUGCCUUUGAGAAUGUUGGCUUCACCAAGAACGUGAACAAUAUCAAGUAUCUGGUUUGUGCCGACUGUGAGAUAGGGCCCAUUGGCUGGCACUGCCUAGACGAUAAGAAGAGUUUUUACGUGGCUUUGGAUCGAGUGCAACAUGAGUAGCAGGUGAUGAGCCAACAGGGUUACAGCACAAUCCACUGGUGGGGUGCUUCUGUCUCUCUUGCUCUCUGUAUACACUCUGCCUGCAGCCUGAGACUGAGGGCUGGACACAGACUUCCUCACAUGGCAACCCCAACAGACCAUUCCUUGCAGAUGUCUGUGUGAGCCAUGGUGUGGGCUGCACGCAGAGCUCUUCAACUGGCAUACUGACCAGUAUUUCACCGUCACAUGCCGCAUAAUUUCUGACGAGAUGAUCGCUCAGUUUGAACCAUUCUUUUGUUAUUAUUAAAAAACUGUUCUGAA